UCGGGGAGAAGAAGGAUAUGACAGAGGACUUACUUUCGUUUUCUUACUAUUUUAAUUCCUACUUUUUUUUUUCAUGUCGGACUACUGGUUUGAUUGAAUGCCGCAGGAGGACUCUGUUUGGGCAUGCGCAGUACCCUGUCAGCAUGGAGUUGAGGAAGUUUUGUGCCAGAGGCACCUGAGCGUAAAUUGUCUCUUAUUCAAACCACUACGAGAACGUUUCUACACCUGUGUUUUCAGUGGAAGUUGAAAGUGAAAACAGCGAUGAUCUCAUCUACUGAUCUGGAGCAGCUGGCUGAAAUAGAGCUGCAGAAGGAGGAAGAUGAGGAACAGGGUCGUCAUGGGUACCGUCCGGAUCGCCCUCCAGCCCCACAUAGAGUCAGCUUCAGCCAGGACACCUCUCACCCCUACUACGAUGUGGCUCGGCACGGGAUCCUACAGGUCACAGGUGAUGAUAACUAUGGCAGGAAGCUAGUGAUCUUCAGUAGCUGCCUGAUGCCCCCCUCCCAUCAGCUCAACCACCACCACCUACUGCAGUGAGUCAGGACAACCAUCAUACGAUAUGUGUUGUUUAUGUACACUUGACCCUAAGUAGCUCUAUGUAGUCCAUAUCUACCUCUGUAGAACGUCCUCUAUGGUCUGUUCUGCUCUAUGUAGUCCAUAUCUACCUCUAUGGUCUGUUCUGCUCUAUGUAGUCCAUAUCUACCUCUAUGGUCUGUUCUGCUCUAUGUAGUCCAUAUCUACCUCUAUGGUCUGUUCUGCUCUAUGUAGUCCAUAUCUACCUCUAUGGUCUGUUCUGCUCUAUGUAGUCCAUAUCUACCUCUAUGGUCUGUUCUGCUCUAUGUAGUCCAUAUCUACCUCUAUGGUCUGUUCUGCUCUAUGUAGUCCAUAUCUACCUCUAUGGUCUGUUCUGCUCUAUGUAGUCCAUAUCUACCUCUAUGGUCUGUUCUGCUCUAUGUAGUCCAUAUCUACCUCUGUAGAACGUCCUCUAUGGUCUGUUCUGCUCUAUGUAGUCCAUAUCUACCUCUAUGGUCUGUUCUGCUCUAUGUAGUCCAUAUCUACCUCUAUGGUCUGUUCUGCUCUAUGUAGUCCAUAUCUACCUCUGUAG